UGGGAAAUAGGAUGCAAAAGAGGCUUAGUUUGGGAAAAGCCUCCCCAGAAUUGUCAUAUUGUGGGUGUAGAUGAUUACUGCCUCUCGGUUGCUAAGGAACUUGGUGCAGAUGAAAUUGUGAAAGUUUCAAUAAAUAUGCAGGAUGUAGAUGAAGAAAUAGGACAAAUUCAUAAAGCGAUGGGGGCUGGAGUGGAUGUGACCUUUGAUUGUGCUGGCUUUAGCAAAACCAUGUCAACCGCUCUGAGCGCCACUUGUCCGGGCGGCAAAGUUUGCCUUGUCGGAAUGGGUCAUACUGAAAUGACUGUCCCACUCACUCCAGCUGCUGCAAGGGAGGUCGAUGUGAUUGGCAUCAUCCGCUACAAGAACACGUGGCCUCUGUGCAUUGAAUUUCUGAGGAGCGGUAAGAUUGAUGUGAAGCCCUUAAUAACUCACCGAUUUGGGUUCUUGCAGAAGGAGGUUGAAGAAGCCUUUGAAACUAGUGCUCGCGGUGGUAGCGCCAUCCAAGUCAUGUUUAAUCUGUAAAGUCUUGAAAUGAAAGAAAUGUCAGUAUAUGAAGUUUGGAAGGAGUUAAAAGUAAUGAAUAAUUAU